AUGGCCUCACUAGCCGCUUCAGCUAAAGGUCUUCUCGUGAACACGGACCAGAUUACAGCAGCCGCUGACCUGUUCACCAGCACUUCCGCUAGUCAGCAGCGAAUGUCGCAGGAAUCACUGUUACAGCCGCGGGAUCCGCAACCUCAGUCGCCGGAUUCGCAACCGCAGUCACGGGAUUCAGAAACUCAGUCCCAGGAUUUGCAACUUCAGUCUCAGGGAAAGAGCGGCUGGUCGUCGGUGGUGGUCCUCGGCUCAGGGCUCAGCGUCACAGCCAUGGCGGGAGCGCACAUGGCGGCAUACGGAUCGCCCACAUAUAUCCUGGACCUGCUUUCCUCGCUGGGAUUGUCAGCUGAUAUCAGAGUUCUCGAGGCCUCGGCGUUCUCGCUGUGGCACGUGUCGAACGUCGCCGACAAUCAGGUGUCGCUGCUCAUCUUCUUCCUCAUGACGGCCCUCUGUGCAGCCGCCGCUGCCACCCUCAAGCUCUCCCCCCUGCCCUCAGCUCCACGUGCGACCAUUUCUGCGAGCGAGAGCGAGAGCGAGAGCGAGCAGAGCGGCAUGGUUAGCGCCAACAGCACUAGCCUGGAGGAAGCGGCCUGCGAUCUCGUCGGCCAGGAGGAGGAGUCGAAGGUCGAGGCGACCCCGAGCUCGAGCGGCGGGAGUCGCUCAUCGGCUUGGUUCUCCUUCUCUUUCUCCAGCCGCUCGGCCUCCCCGGCGGCCGCUAGCGCUCCUUCUCCCUGCACCCCGUCUGACCAUGUCGUUCCGGAAGCCGUCGUCGCACGAAGCGAUAUGGAACCCAGCACUAGCAGCUCUAGCCCCAGCAGCAGCAGCAGCAGCAGCGGUGGUGGUUUUUUCCCGUCCAGCAUCAGCCUGCCGGGGUACUGGUUCCCUUUCUCCGCCUCUAACUCGACCUCCGUCACGCCCUCGCCCUCACCAGCACAGUCCGACUCGUCCACAGUGUCAGUAGCGGAAUUGACGGUCAGCAGCGACAAGUCCGUCACGUCCCUGCCCGCCCUCAUAGCCGCAUCGCCGAUGCCCCUCGCAGCCCCGUCCGCGGGCCUGGGCCUGUCGUCGACCCGCGCGAGCGCGUUUCUUCGACUGGACUCGGAGGACGACCUGAGCGACGUGUCGAGCGACGACGAGCAGGAGGAAGAGGUGGAGGAGGUGCGGGAGCUCGAGCCCCGGGCGGAGGGAGAGGUGAAAGCGGCGGGCCUGCCGCUGUCCCGUAGCCUGCCGAGCAGCCUUUGCCUGACGUUGCCUCGGAGCAUGAGCAUGAAUCUUUCCAGCAGCAUCUCUAUGGGGCUGAGCAGCGCCAGCAGCGCAAGCAGCAGCGCGUGGAGCAACGUCGCGCAGUGGUCGCAGAGCGUGAUGAAGUCGCCCGUGUCGCUGUCGCUCGGAGAAUCGCCUGCCGUGCUCGUCAGGAGCCUCUCGCAGCUCUUCGCUUCGGCGUCACGGUCCAUGGCUGCUCUGCCCACGGUCCAUAGCGAGUCAUGCAUCGACGAUAUGAGCAACCCCGCGGAGCUGCGAGACCGCGCCAUGGAUGGUCUGGACGCCGCGGACUCGCGCGCGGUGGAGGCGGAGCUGCGGGAGGCGACCGCGCUGGUGGGCACGCGCGACCUGGCGGCGCUGAUGCUGCGGCUGGACUGGUCGUAUGACGACGAGCAGGGCCCGUGGGAGAUGAUCAUUGACAAGCACAGCAGCGACGUCGAGUACAUGACGUGGCGCCGCGACCCGCAGGACGGCGGUGUGACUGAGUACCGGUCGCGCAUCCGCUUCAUAGGCGCGACUGCACGCGACACCUGCGCCUUCUACACAGACUGCGCGUACAUGCCGCGCUGGGACCCCAUGCUGCGCUCCAUGGCGCCGCUCCUCGCCUGCCCUGCGACCGGCGUGCAGAGUGCACGCUUCGAGCGCAAGUACCCCUUCUGCGCGCCCCGCGAGUAUGUGCUCGCAUGGCGAGUGUGGCAGCAGGGGGAGAGCGUGGACGCGGCAGGGAUGCAGGGUGGCAAGGGCGAGACGUUCUUCUGUAUCACCAAGGCAGUGGAGGAUGUGAAUGUGCCCCGGAAGAACAAGCCACGGCGCGUGGACGUGUACCGAUCCGAGUGGCGCAUGAAAGAUGUGGUGCUCCCGGACGGCAGGAUAGCAGCAGAGAUGGACAUGGUGGUGCAGGAGGACAGCGGCAUGCAGAGAGACAUGGCCAAACUGGCAUACCGCCGUGGAGCAUGGGGCUACAUCCGCAGCACUGACUCACACCUGCGCUCUUACAUCAAGGAGCACAGCCCCUCGCAUGGAAAGGCGCCAGCUCGCUGUGCCAUGCUGGAGCAAGCAGCAAGUGGGUCACCGCCUCGCGUGAUGCCUCCGCUGUCUGUGGUUAAGCAGGUGCCAUCUCACCUGAUCCCCGAGGGUACACCAGAUACUGCCUUCCACGCUCAUUGCCGUCACACAGCCACUGCUGCUCCUAGCUUUGCCAUGGCAGCAGCAGUAGCAGAGGCCCAGAAGUUGCAUGCGGCUGGCAUUGCAGCUCUGCCUGGAGGUGAACAUAAGCCAGCAGCUGGAAGCUCUGCAAUAGAGGGUGUGACUGGUCAGUCGCAGUCCUCACAAGAGGAGCAGCAGCAGCAGCAGAAGCAGGGGAGGCGGUUCAGGCCACUGGCAGCACUCCGACAUUUACUCAUGCCAGCAGCUACAGUAGCUGCUGUUGGGCUAGGCGGUGGAGGAUUGCUGUGUCUGAAUGGUGGAGCUGUGGGGACCGCCUCUAAGGUGCUGCUUGUUCUCACUGUCCGCUCCUUGGUCCUGCGACCUCGUGCUUCUUCAGCCAUCGACGGCAUGGAGCGAUCGUUCCAGAGCGCGCAGCACAGCACCGGCGGCCACAACCAGUCGUCAUGGCGGCAAGAGCCGACGGGUACUUACGCGGAAGAUGACAAAUCGACGGAUUCGGCGACGCCUCACCUCCGUGGCCCUGUGCGAAGCUUCAAGUCGUCGACGCGCGACAAGAGUCGCGAGCGUCGCACGUCACGCGAGCGUGGAGAGGAACACAGUGCGAAGCACGAAUCUGGGGAGCACCGGCAACGACACUCGCAGCCGCCGCCACAGCAGCAGCAGCAGCGGGAGGAAGGCACGGACAGACACUACACGGCGUGGGAGGAGGAUGAGCGGUAUCAGCAGCAGCAGCGGCGCGAGGAGCGGUCCCGCCAGCAUCGUUCGCACGGCGCACGUGCGCACACGAGCUUCCGCGCCGCUCCCGCGGGUGCGGACGAAGAGGCGGUGUGGGAAAGGCCGAAGCAUCGCGAGAGGCGGAGUGAGAGGGGAAGAGCGAGCGACAAGGAGUGGGGAUGGGAGGAGGGGGAGGAGGGGGAGGAGAUCGGCAAAGGUUGGGAGAAAGAUCGGAGUUUCGAGAAGGAGAUUUUGGCGGGCGCGGAAGAGGAGGAGGAGGAGGAGGGGGAGGAGGGGGAGGAGGUUGGCAUAGCAGCGGGCGUGGAGAAGAUACGCGGGCGCGCGAAAGAUAUGCCCGCCGAUGGUCACGGCCUGUCGAGCGAGGGUGCGGGAGUGGGACUGGAGGAAGGGGAGCUAUCGGAAGGGGAGAUUCCGUUGCAAGAUCGCGAUCACGACGGCGAGAACGAACACGAGGCCGUGCCUGCGGCGCGGCCGCACCCCCCGCGGGACAAACCGCUUUCGCAUAAUCUCGACGGUGGACAGACGGCCAAGGAGCGCAGGGAAGCGGGGAGGCGGAGUGCGGAGAAAGACGCGCAGUUACUCGCGCGGGAGCAGCGCUGCUGGAGUGGUGGUGCUGCUGAAUGGGAGGAGCAGGGAGAGGACGGCUGGAAGUUGCGCAUUCACGGUGAGGGAGGCAGUAGGGACGACAAAGAGGAGGAGGAAGAGGAGAAAGUGGUGAAAGAGGAGGAGGAGGAAGAGGAGGAGGGUCAGGUGGAUGCGAGUUACGGCCACGGGGGUCAGUGGUGGCGGGAGCAGGAGCAGACGCGCCGCAGAAGCGAGGAGCGGGAGCGCAAAGAGGAACGGAACGGUGGCGAGGUUGGCGAGGCGGAGAGGGGGCGGCGGGCGCAGUGGGGAGGACUGGAGGCGGAGCAGGGCUCCCGCGGACACCACCCCCAGCGGUCCUUCUCCCGCCGCGCGCAGGGCGAGGCGCAGAUGGGUCGCGCGCACCGAGAGGGCGGCGCUGAGGGUGGCGGCGACGGCGAGCGUCACUGGGCGGCGAGUGCGACGAUGAGCAAGGGAGGAAGGGGCGACGAGAAGGGCAUGUGGCGGAGCGUUGAAAGGGUGGGCGCGGGAGAGGAGGUGGGCGGGGUGAGGGGUCAGGUGAUCGUGAAGCAGGAAAAGGAGGAGGAGGAGGAGGAGAGGGAGGAGGGGCAGCAUGUGGAAGCGCGGAUGGAGGAGGGGGAGGAGGUGGGGUACGAGCAUGAGAGGGAGCGCAGGCGACACAGGGAGAGGCGGCAUGAGGAGAGGCGUGACCAUCGAGGCGAGAGGGGCGGUGACAAGGAGGACACGCAGCGAGGGGAGAGCCACCGGCAUAAGAAGAAGCGGAGGAGAUCGAGGCACGAGCAGGAUCGCGAGCACGAGCAUGAGUACGAGCAGGAGCAGGAGCAGCAUGUGGAGAAGCACGGGUAUGAGCACGAGGAGGGGGAGCGGGAUCCGCGUGAGCGAAGCAGGGAGCACUGGGAAGGCAAGCGCGGCGUGCCGAGCGAGGGAGAUUACUACGAUGGGAAGGACGGCGGGGAUAAGGCGGGAAGGAGGCGGCACAGGGAGAGGCAGCGGGGGAGAGAGGGUGCGGAGGAGCAGGAGGGAAGGAUAGCAGCUAGGUCAGGGUCGUCUGAGAGAAGGGCGAGAUCUAAGGAGCGAUGGUCGUCACGGGAGAGAGGCGUGUCGCGGGAAAGGGACGUUUCUCGGGAGAGAAUUGGAUCGCAGCAGAGAGUUGGAUCGCGGGAGAGGGAAUUGGAAAGAGGGAGAGGUUCAUCAAUGGAAAGGGGCGCGUCGAGGGAGCGGGGUGCAUCAAGGGAGCACGGAGCGUGGAGGGCCAAAGCAGGUUCUGCUAUGGAAGCUAGUGCCCCGUUUGAUCCGUUUCCUCAGGCGCACGUGGGGACUGCUGAGCAGCCGUGGGCAGAACAGGCCGCACAAGAAGCUGAUGCAGCUGCCGCCGCCGCCGCCGCUGCUGCUGCUGCUGCUGCUGCCGCCUCCGCUGCUGCCGCCUCUGCUGCUGCAGCUGCUGCUGUGGGCGGUGUUGACAGGGGCAGCGCUGCUCCUGGUGCUCCUGGUGGUGUUGUGAGUGGCAGUGGGAUGGCGAGCGCUCCAAGCAAGGCUAUGGAGGGUUCCAGGCACCGUUCUCGUUGGCAGCCUGCAGAAGAGCCCGUGCUGGGGCAUGCACCCUCUGCGGGUGCAGCAGGGCAGGCUGCUGCGGGUGGUACUGUAGGGAGCAUUGCUGCUCCUGCCAGUGCUGUUGUGGGAGGAAUUCUGGCUGAGGGCGCGGGUGCAGGAGCGCCAGAUUCCAUUGCUGCUGCUGCUGCUAAUGGCGCUGCUGCUGGCGCUGCUGCUGGUGGUGGCAGUGGGGAUGGCAAGACAGGAAAACGCAGGCGCAGCAGGUGGGGCCCUGCUGAAGGAGACGCGGCAGCAGCAGCAGCAGCAACAGGUGCAGGCGAAGAGGCAGGAGCAGCGGCAGGAGGAGCAGCAGCAGGAGCAGACGCGGGUGCUGCGGGAAACAGCGCAGCAGGAGGGCAGCGCAAGCGUAAGAGCCGAUGGGGCGACAGCGAUCCCUCUGCUGCAGCUGCAGCAGGAGUGGGCGUUGGCGUUGGCGGGGUGACGAGCGCUGCUGCAGCUCUCCUCUCUUCCAUCAAGCUCCCAGAAUUCGUGCGGGAGAUCUCAGGAGACCUCAACCCCGAGGUGCAAGCACUCAACAUCCGGUUGCUGGAAAUAAACAAGAAGCUACAGGCAGGCAAUCUUACUGGGGAUUCUGCUGCAGGGCUAGAGGGCGCCAUGGCUGCUGCGCUUGGGCUCACGGAGGAACGCUCGGUGGAGCGGUCUCCGUCGCCCGAGCCGAUAUACGACAACAUGGGCGUGCGAGUGAACACGCGGGAGCAGCGCGUGAAAGAGAAGCUGAUGCGGGAGCGGCAGGAGGUGAUUGCGGAGAUGAUAAAGAAGAACCCUGGGUUCAAACCGCCUGCGGAUUACAAGCCGCCCAAGUAUUAUAAGAAGCUGUUCAUCCCCAUGAAAGAAUACCCGGGGUAUAAUUUCAUUGGGUUGAUUAUCGGGCCGCGCGGCAACACACAGAAGCGUAUGGAGAAAGAGACGGGUGCCAAGAUUGUGAUCCGGGGGAGAGGGUCUGUGAAGGAGGGGCGGGCGGCGAAGGGCGGGAGGGAUUUCAAGCCCGACCCGGCGGACAACGAGGAUUUGCACGUGCUGGUGGAGGCGGAUAGCGAGGCAGCUCUUAACGAGGCGGCGGAUAUGGUUCAGAAGCUGCUGGUUCCUGUAGACGAGGGGCACAACGAGCACAAGCGCGCGCAGCUGAGGGAGCUUGCGGCGCUCAAUGGCACGAUCCGAGAGGAGGAGCUGGUGUGCCGGCUGUGUGGGGAGCAGGGCCACAGGCAGUACAACUGCCCCGACCGGCACUCGACUUUCCGGUCUGAAGUCAUGUGCACGAUCUGCGGGGAUGGGGGGCAUCCGUCUGUGGAUUGCCCCAUGAAGGGCGCGGGCGGAGGGGGAGGGGGCGGCGGCGGGGGAGCGCAGGGGCAGAAGCUUGACGAGGAGUAUAUGUCGUUCCUGGCUGAGGUGGGGGGAGGCGUGGGGGGACCGAUCGGGGGAGAGGGUGGGGAUGGCGGUGCUGGGGGGCGUGGGGGAGGGGAGGAGCGCGGAGGGGGAUGGGGAGGGGGCGAGCGGGGGGAGAGAGGCGGCGAGCAGGGAGGCGGUGGGGAGCGUGGGGGGGGAGGAGGGGGCAGGGGGUCAAGCCGUGUGGAGGACGAUUGUAACCUCUAUGUGGGGUACCUGCCUCAGUCUGUGGACGACCAAGGGCUGUACUCUCUCUUUGCCCCGUACGGGCGCAUUCAGGAGACCAAGAUCAUCCGCGAUCGCAACACGGGCAUGAGCCGGGGGUUUGGGUUUGUGCGGUUUGUGGAGCGGCAGGCGGCAAUGGCGGCCACACAGGGGCUGAAUGGGUACCGCAUGGAGGGUAAGACCAUUGUCGUGCGCUCCACUGCCAAGAACCAGCAGGGCAGCGGCCCUGGUGGUCCCGGUGGGCCGGGAGGGCCGGGAGGAGGGAUGGGAGUAGCAGGGGCAGCACCAGGAGGCGGUGGUGUGGGUGGUGCUGGUCCCCACGGCCCACCUGGCCCCCACGGCCCCCCUGGCCCCCCUGGUCCGUAUGGGCCUUCUGGGCCUUCUGGUCCUCCUGGCUCUGCUGCUCCUGGUGGCGCUGGUCCUCCCCCGCACAUGGGCCCUCCCCCUCUGCGCCCCCCUUAUGGCCCCCCUCCCCCGUACCCUCCGCCUGGGUCUGUUGACCCUUCUGCUCCUCCCCCUCCCUGGGCUCACCCCCCUGGUGGCCCCCCUCCUCCGUUUGGCCUCUGCGGCCCACCUCCACCUGGCAACGUCCCUCCUCCCUAUGCCCCGCCUGGCUAUCCCGAAGGUGUGCCACCACCUCCGUUUCCCCCGUAUGGAGCAUCGGGCCCUCCCCCAGGUGCCUUCAUGCCGCAUGGCUUUGCUCCGGACUACCCGCCCCCGCCUGGUGCAUACCCGGGAAUGGUGGGCCCGCCUGGAGUGUAUGAGGACGUGGAAUUGCCCCCUGGGACUUCCACCCCGCCGCCUGGUGCGCCUGGCGAGGUGGGUGCAGCAGCAGAGCCCCCUCCUGGCAUGGAGCCUUCCUGUCCUCCUGCUCUCUAUCCCCAUAUGGAUCCUGCAGCAGCAGCAGCUGCAGCGGCGGCGGCGGCGGCGGCACAACAGCCUUCAUGGGCCCCCACGUCUGCAGCAGCAGCAGCAGCCAUGGCAGCAGCAGUGUCAGCUGGUGCAGUCAAGGGGGGGGCGCUGGUUGGUGGGGCAGGAAGCGAGGGACCGCUGGGAGGGGAGGGAGUGGGUGCGGGUGGCGAGAAAGAGUAUGCGCAGUUCAUGGCAGAAGUGGCAGGAGGCACUGGUGGAAAUGCAGGUGGUGGUGGUGCCCAGUGA